ACCGAGCAAAUUUUUUGGGGCGACGGCAGUUGUCUUUUUCGAUACGUUCGGUGAACUACUACUACUAGUAUAACGGUUCAAAAUGACUGGCAGAGGAAAAGGUGGUAAAGGAUUGGGAAAAGGAGGCGCAAAACGUCAUCGUAAAGUUCUUCGUGAUAACAUCCAGGGUAUUACCAAGCCAGCUAUCAGAAGAUUGGCGAGGCGUGGUGGAGUCAAGCGUAUUUCUGGCUUGAUCUACGAAGAGACCCGUGGUGUAUUAAAGGUUUUCCUUGAAAACGUGAUCAGGGACGCAGUCACCUACACCGAACACGCCAAGAGGAAAACUGUUACCGCCAUGGACGUAGUUUAUGCCUUAAAACGUCAAGGACGCACUUUGUACGGUUUUGGAGGUUAAACUGAGAAGUUCUUGUCCGUUGUUAAGAACGGUGGACAAAACAAACAAAUAUAUAAAAAAAAACGGUUCUUUUCAGAA